AUGAAAGUGAUAAGUGCAUUCAAACUAGCCGUUAUCGAUAACUGGUGUCGUAACGAUAAUUCAUGCAGUGAGCAACCGAGAGCAAUUCGUAAACAAUUAUUCUAAGAAACAAAAAACAAUUGUCUGCCAAAUUAACAUAACUACAAUGAGCUAAUGACUUUAACCCAGACUCAACUGUGAAUAUAAGCAGCAAACAUCAUUGAGCCGGACAUUCUCAAGUUUUAAACUUGCACAGACAAAAGUGAAAGUUUUGAAAAUAUGCGCAAGAUUUUGUUAAUAAGUGGCAAACGAAAAUGUGGCAAAGAUUUCAUAUCCGAAAGAUUACUUAAUAGGUUGGCGAAUCGGGCGAUAAUUGUGCGCAUUUCCGAACCCAUUAAAAGGGAAUGGGCAGAAAAACUAAAACUAGAUAUCAAUGCUAUGCUCAGCGAUGGACCAUAUAAGGAACAGUAUAGAAGAGAUAUGAUUCUAUGGAGUGAUGAGGUCCGCAGCAAGGAUUACGGCUUCUUUUGCCGCGCAGCAAUGAAGAAGGCACCACUAGAGUCGAUUGACUAUGUGAUUGUCAGCGAUAUACGGCGUAAAAACGACAUUCGCUGGUUUUACGAGACCUACGGCCAUCAAAUGAUUCACACAAUCCGAUUAACCUCGCAGGUGGCGACACGCGAAGCGCGGGGCUGGCAAUUUACAGCUGGUGUCGACGAUGUGCCUUCCGAGUGUGAUUUAGACGACAGCAUCUUCGAUCUGGAACUGGAGAACGAUUCGGAGGACAAAAGCGGAGAGAAACUUAUUGAGCGACUGAUGACAAACUUGCAGCUUAACUGAAAGUACUAGAAUCUUGAACCAAUUAG